AUGGCGCGUGAAUUUACGAUUGUGCUUGUUCCUUCGCCACGACAGUCUGCGAGGGAACGCGAACUGCAAGCGUCUGCCGUACGCUCACACGCCGCAAGAGUGUCGUCCGCCCAGGCGGCGGUGACCAAAUGGUCCAAGAGAGCCGCAGUGCUCAAUACGAGGGCCGAACACCGUGCCAGUGUAAAACAACAGCUGAAUGCGAAAGCGGCUGCCAGCACUAUGCAUACCACCAACCCACCAGAUCCCGACGACGAAUCAAUCAUUCCCAUAACGCUCCCGAGGCCGAUGAUGAUUCUAGGUCAGGGGACAGUCGACCCAUUCGCGAAUGAUGGUCUCCAAGCCUUACCACCCAUCGCCCGCGACAGCCUCGAGUAUAUGAUGGAAACCAUCUGGCGCAAGAACAGCCCUGGUCUGAGUAGCGCGACGCUGACCAACCACAUCACGCACUGCAAGAUGCUCGCCGUUCAAUCGCCGCUUCAAUUCCAUACCCAGAUCUCAUCAGCGGUAACCCUCUGCUAUGCUCUAAGCAAAAGUCCAGAGGUCUUAGAGACGCUACUGGCGACUCGGUUAAAGCAUCAAACCGCAGCACUGGGUAUCCUCAGAGACAGUAUCGCCAAUCUGAGAGGCCCACCCUCGGACGAACUGAUCGACUGCCUCAGUAGAUUGGCUGCACAAGGCGGCGAUUUGGCCAAACCCGGAUAUACCAGUCGAUAUCCGGAGAGUCCCAUCGCCGACUCGUUUCCCAUACGUCUAUACGGUUGUUUCGAGCCUUGCAUUCCCCACUUCCAAGCAUUGAGCUUCUUGAUUCGACAACGCGGAAGCCUUGAGGUGAUCCCGCCCGCUAUUUCGCAUCAUCUCUCACUGUAG